AUGAAACUGCUCCUGAAGUUGUUAUUGGUUCCUAUGCUGUUGGAUAUCAAGAUUCAUGCGUUGCCCAGCAGUGGUGGCUAUUUUCGGAAUGAAGACCCCCACCUCGUCAACUCCACUCUCCCAUCGCACCUCCCAACAACAUCUGCUCCACCACCAACAUCCUCAAUUCCAAUUCUGAAACCCGACACGUCAUCACCAUGUGAUUUGAUCGAAGAAGCGGCCGCUCUCCAUUGUAUUGGACCACUUGUCGACUAUGCGGCAGAUCUGUCGAACAACGUACUUCAUCCGCCACUGAGUGCCGUUGAGAUGACUUGUGACAAGUAUAAUCAGUAUAUGAUGUGUACACAGGGUGUUCGACCAGAUUGCAGACAAUCUCGUGCGCCAAACAUUGAAUUCAUGUACGAAACGAUUUGUGAAGAGAAAUUCGCGGCAAUAAUGAAAGAAGAGAAGGCAUGCUUGUUGGAGGUUGAGAAUGACAAAAACGUAAAAGAGUGCUUUGUGAACAAGACGAACACACUGCGUGACGAGACGCCAGACACUGUUCCCACCCCAACACAGAACUAUGAGUGUACAGUAAUCCAGGCCUAUGUGGAUUGUCUUAUUGAACGGGAAGAAGCCACCUGUCGUGAUGCGGUGAAGAUUGAAAUUUCGUUUUUGUCAAUGCUCGCGAAACGGAAUUCAGAAGCCAGAUGUGAAUUGAAUACCGAUGCGACGAAGGCUAGACCAAAAGCGCAGCCAUUGGAAGAAUGUGAUACUCAGGGAAAUUGUAAAUGUAGACUUCCCGGAUAUUAUUAUGAAGCUGCUAGGAAGAAAUGUUUAGACGUCGACGAGUGUGAAUCGCUGUCUUCUGGAUGCUCUCAAAAGUGUGUCAAUCUUCCGGGAACCUUCGAAUGUACCUGUGAUCAGAGAUUCUAUAAAUUGGCAGCUGAUAAUAGAUCAUGUGAGAGGAUAGAUCAGUCUCCAAUGUGGUUAUUCUUUGCACAUGGCCAAAGUGUUUGGAACAUCUCAACCGAUGGAAAAUCGUUCCAACUCCAGCGUGCCGGACUUCAAAAGACCGCCAUGAUCGACAUCGAUGUCAAGGAAAACCGUUUAUAUUAUGCAGAUAUUGGAGCGAAUGUAAUCGAAAGAAUGAACAUUGAAGGAACAUUCCCACAGGCAGUUCAACGAUUUGAUGUUGAUGGUUUAGAAGGAAUCGCUGUCGAUUGGAUUGGAAGAAAUUUGUAUAGUUUGCGAAGAGAAGACGUGCUGGUGCAAAGUCUAGAUGGGCGGUUCCGUCAAUCUGUUUAUAAAAAUGUGAUGAAAUUGCCAAGAUCGAUUGCUCUGCUUCCAGCAAAAGGAAUCAUGUUUGUUACUGAUUGGUCGGCGAAUGCAUUUAUCGCUGCUGCUUCUAUGGAUGGAUCCCACUUCCGUAAAAUCGUCACCGAACGCAUCACCUGGCCAAAUGCAGUUGCCGUCGAUGUGUUUGCGGAGAAAAUUUACUGGGCUGACGCUUUUCUGGAUACUAUUGAGUCAGCCAACAUGGACGGCACUGGUCGUCGCAUUAUCAUUGCUGAUGCCGGAUCCGUACCCCACGUAUUCGGUCUCGCCAUUGCCGAUGAUUUCCUCUAUUGGACCGAUUGGACGUAUCGUGGAAUUCUGAGAGCUAAUAAGCAUAACGGAGAGAAUAUUACGGUAUUGGCGCAGACCGCAUUGCUGCCGUACUCGUUGAAAGUGUUCCAUAAGACAUUGCAACCAGAGGAAACGUCAACAUGUGCGACUCGCGGCUGCGACCAGUUGUGUUUGUUGGGUGAAAACGGCGCGGCGACCUGUGCGUGUGGAGAGGGUUUCGACCUACAGACAGAUGGAAAAAAAUGUCGUUCGAAUUGUACCGAAUCACAAAUCGAGUGUGGAGGAGCUGAUCCAAAGUGCAUCUCAAAAAUCUAUCUUUGUGAUGGCUUGGCUCAGUGCUCGAAUCAAGCGGAUGAAUUGAAAUGUCCUCCUCGAAUCUGUCUUCCCGGGCAAUUCCAAUGCCAUGACAAUCGAAAGUGUCUACCACCAGGUGGUCUUUGUGAUGACGUCGCAGAUUGUGCAGAUUCCUCAGAUGAGCUGUACUGUCCGCAUAAAACAACGCCACGCGGAGAAUUCGUUUUGAAUUCGCCGACGUCGUCAAGGAAGGAGAGAAGUGCUGAUUAUCAGGAUAAUCAUUUGUAA